AUGAAGGCAACUCGUGAAAAGCCUAUACCAGACCCACGAGGCACGCCAACUAGAGCGCCGCCACCGGACCACUAUGACCCAGGUGAUGAGUGGGCAGGUAUCGAUGCAAAGUUGCUUAGUCGGGAGGCUACUUCUCUGGAUAAUGCCAUGUACCAAUGGACCUACAACUAUGCAGAUGACGAGCCAGAUGCGAUCGAGGCAAGAAUUACUGCGAAAGAUAAACAAGCCAUCAUCGAUUACUUGGGUGAUUGGUGUCUAUAUAACGACUGGGACUGA